GCCCCGAAUCCCGAUGCGAAUACAAACCUGUGGCGCAAACACUGUGCAAAGCGACUUCCAAAAACAAAGUAGACACAGAGAGUCUGGGUUUCGUAACUGCCACAGUAAUGGGGAGGUCUCUAUCGUUCUCCACAAACUUUCCUCUCAGGUUCUCUGUGAUACCCAGAUCGAUUCCACCACCCAAUCUCCCAAUCCAGUACUUUCCACCGAGAUUCAAUGAUAAUUCUCAGUAUGGGAAUCAAAAAGUUGGGUUCUUGAAUGUAAAUCCCACAAGAAAACUGUGUACGAGGGCAGUGCUGUCUGAGAUUCCUGAUCAGAGACAGUACCCGAAAGUGGCUGCCCAAACAACUGGACCCAUACCACCAGCCCAGCUAAUUGAAGUUGUUGAGGCAGCUGCUAAGACUGGUGCUCAGGUUGUGAUGGAUGCUGUUAAUAAGCCUCGGAAUAUCACAUAUAAGGGACUUACUGACUUGGUGACCGACACUGAUAAAAUGAGCGAGGCUGCUAUAUUAGACGUUGUGAGAAAAAGUUUUGGAGAUCACCUUAUUCUUGGGGAGGAGGGAGGAAUUAUUGGAGAUACAUCUUCGGAUUAUCUCUGGUGUAUUGAUCCUCUAGAUGGGACAACAAAUUUUGCACACGGUUAUCCUAGCUUUGCAGUUUCCGUGGGAGUCCUGUUUCAUGGAAAACCUGCUGCUGCUGCUGUGGUGGAAUUUGUAGGAGGCCCUAUGUGUUGGAAUACUCGUAUAUUUUCUGCAACUGCUGGUGGGGGAGCAUUUUGCAAUGGCCAAAAAAUUCAUGCUAGUCUAACUGAUAAGGUGGAGCAAUCUCUUCUAGUGACUGGCUUUGGAUAUGAACAUGAUGAUCCAUGGACAACUAACAUGCAAUUAUUCAAGGAAUUUACUGACAUCAGCCGGGGUGUGAGGAGGCUUGGCGCUGCUGCAGUGGACAUGUGCCAUGUGGCUCUGGGAAUAGCCGAAGCAUAUUGGGAGUAUCGUCUGAAGCCAUGGGAUAUGGCUGCUGGUGUCUUGAUAGUUGAAGAAGCUGGUGGGACAGUUUCAUGCAUGGAUGGUGAAAAGUUUUGUGUUUUUGAUAGAUCUCUUCUGGUAUCAAAUGGAGUGCUGCACGCCAAGCUUUUAGAGAGGAUUGCACCUGCAACAGAGAAUCUAAAGAGCAAAGGAAUUGAUUUCUCUCUGUGGUAUAAGCCAGAAAAUUAUGGGACGGAACUUUGAAAUUCCUGAUGGUUGUCUCUUCAUUAGCCCUCCCUCCCCUAGGUUAUUGUCUUCAGCAGUCUGGUUGAAAAUCAUUGCAACAUGACUCAUUGAAUGAGUUUCGACCUUUGGCACGUACCUGGAAUUGAUUGUAACAAAGUUUGUAGUCUAGAAACCUGAAGAAUCUGUUGAAGAUGAAGUCUGAACUGGCCAUUGGAGUUGAGGAAGCAAUGAAGUUCGUAGUUUACUUUCCCAAAAAAGAUUGAUAGUUUGCAUUGUUUGUGCUUAGCUGCUGCAUGCUGACAAGAGUGCUGGAGUAGGGAUCCAGGUUUAUGACUUUUAACCCAAAUAUGAAAGUAAUCUUCCCCUUUUUUUUGUUUCAAUUAUUCAUCACAUGACGCAUGUAGUCUCAUUGUUGCAUUGAGGGUUUACAGAACAAAAUAUGAUCUCUGCUCAUCUGUUUCAAAUG